CAGAGGCCAAAGGGAGGCCUUUUGUUGUGCCACUCCUGCCUUAGCUGUGAGGUUCCAGCUACCUCACUAUGAGACUUCUAGUCCUUUCCAGUCUUCUCUGCAUGCUGCUCCUCAGCUUCUGCAUUCUCUCCUCAGAAGGCAGAAGGAAUCUUGUCAAGCUCCCAAGACUCAAGCCCUGCUGUCACCUAGCUCCUAGAUACAAACCGACAGCCAAGAAAGGAAACUAUACAAGGCCCUGCAAACCAUGCAGAAGCAAGCCCCCAUCCAAGUUAUGGGUUGUGCCUGGGGCUCUCCCACAGAUAUAGGAGCCUCUUGAAGCCUGGACCCAACCAGAUGAGACCUCGAUGCCCAGCUAUGGAGAGACCAGGAGCCUUGACUUGACCCCUGCCAACCUUCAUGGAAGCAGUGAGCUAUGACACCAGGAUGCUUCAUUUCAGACAGCCAGGAACAUUCCAGAAGCCCAAGCCCUCAUUCCAGUGGUGCCACCAACCUUCAGAAUCUCUAUGAUCCAGACUCAUCCCAUACAUCCUCAUGGCUCCUCCAGAGUAAAAGUCAAAGAUUCCAUCUGUGAGCUCUACAACUCUAGAGACUUCCAAAUUGACUAGAGUGUAGAGUAGCAAGACCUCAGUGUGAUCAGCCAAGACUCCAGCAUCUCAGGAAUCCCCAGACAAUCCCAAAUACUUAGCAUUUAAUCAAUGAUCUCUGAACCAAAUUUUGUAACUUCCUAAUGUACUCAUCAGGAGAACACUGAAAAUAAUAAAUAAUAAAUAAGCAUACACACUACACAUGGAGCAUCCUUGACUAAGAAAGUUAUUGCCAUGGUCUGAGAUACAAUGUUAUAUA